AUGCAUAGAAUCCAAACAGGUGGUGGACCAACAAAUCCAAAGAAAGAAGAUCCUCUAGAUUCCAAAAUCAUAUCAUUAAUUAGAACAAGUGCUGUUGGGCUUUUCAACCAUUUUGACAAUUUUGAGACUGAACUUAAUGAAAUUCAAAAGACUGGGAUCGACUCGAACAAAGUAUUAAUGCAGGAUUGGAGUGAUUAUACUCCCGAAACGUUAAGAACUCCUGUUGCAAAACCUCUUCAGAAAAAAAUUAAAACUGAGCUAUUAUUGUUGGAGUUAAGACAAAAACAGAGUGAAUAUCAAGAAGAGAACAAGGAAAAUUCAGAGGAAAUGUAA